GGGAGGGCGUGACAGGUGACGAUCUGCGCAAGGUAAUGGAUUGAGAAAGACACGCAAAUUCUCGGUCAAAUCUUCAAUUGUCCUUCACUGUGGGUUGCCAGCGUGUACUUGUCGCGCUAACUCAAACAGGGAGUCAUACGCCACGGCUCUCGAGGUGAAGGAGUGUUUGUGCUCAAUCAAACGCAAGGCAACACUCGAAAUUGCGCCAUAGUCAUGAGUCUGGCUCUAUGGUUCCUAGAAGGGUUUGGACUUCGCAAUUCACCUAGCCGGUGUGACCCCUUGUUUAUAUCUAUCAACUCCACGCUGCUCGUCCCCAAACCACAACACAUCCUUCACCAUGGCUACAAUUGGUACAGCUCCAAAGGGAUACGUCAUGGUCUCAGAGGCCGGCAGGGGCGUGACAGCUCGCGUCUACUAUUGCCUGCCUGUUCCGCAAGUUAGCUUCAUCACCAGCGGCCGCACUGUCACGAUCACACCCGACUCAUUCGGUUUCGCAGGUCUCAAGCGCUCCAUCGUCGCCCUUAAGGUCUCCCCCAGUAAGUCUCUGAUCACCCGCGAGGACAAAGCGCUCCAUGCAAUCCGAGAGUCCACCUCCCCCAACGCGACCGCGAUGAGACGCCACUUCCUUGAUGUCAAGAGCGUGGGUACAUUCACCGGCCUAGGUGCAAACCACAGCUGCGCUGUACUCGAAGCAGUCAUUCCUCCCGUGACACUCGGAGAUCUCCUGCAGGCAUUUGGAGGCGACGUGAAAGCCCCGAUUCCGCUCGUCUACAACCUUUUCCUAUCGCUUGUUCCUGCGCUCUCCUUCUUGAAGGGCGAGGUAGAGUGGGCGCACAACGACGUCAAGGAAGACAACAUCAUGUGCCGCACUUACGAAGGCCGUCCAUUCGAUCUGCCAGAGUUCGUGUUCGUUGACUUUGGCAUGGCUUACGGUGUGCGAGGUGUCAAGAACGACUCGGGCGACUGCAAGAACUUGCUUGGUUUGGUAAGGGAGUUGGCUGAGAACGCUGAAGAGUCAAAUGACCAACAGUGGCUUAGUUUCAAGCGCAUGCUCGUUGGCGAGAGGAACAGGACUCGAUGGCAGGUUGACGACGAAUUCGGCAAGAUCUGGGAUAGCUGGAAGGACAUCGCAGAGGUGGCGAGGAGCAAGGUCAAGGUCGGUGAGGUGGGCAGAAUCGACGAUAUGUUCGAGCAGGUGGCGCUGAUGAAGAAGAGGAUCACGGAUGAGAUGGUGGUGCACGCAGCCCGCGAUGGCCAUGUGGGAAUGCUAGUGGAUUGGGCUUCCUGAUUUCUUCUGGCUCUGCUCACAGUACCUUGGUUCGCAUUCACUGGAACAUCUCGUCUGGUUAGCAAGAGACAUUUUGACUGUCAGCUUCACCGAAUCUGACAACGGAGUAGGUCAAGUAUCCUACCAAUACAAACUGAAUUAUUAUUGACUAAUCAGCUUGAGUUUGCGGAUGAUGAGUAUAUUGCAGAUAGGAUAGGUUUACUUAGCCUCGCCAAACCUAUGCACAGGCUGACCAUGGUAGCAAAUCCUCAC